CUCCGAGAAUCCCGUUAGUAGUCAACUGAGAGAGUUGAUCGAGUCGGGCAAACAGCCCGAAACCCUAUAAACAAACCAAGCCAAGGCAAGGAAUUCAGCGCAGCACACGGAUCAUAUAAACGAACGCGAACGAACCACCAAGCCAACGAACGCCGAAGCCCACGCUCCUCUCUUACCCAGCACACGAGAGGGAGUGGGAAGGCAGCUUUGUCACGAGAGGACCGACUGCUCCGCCGCCGCACCCUUCCCGAGACACGGACUCCCGAGGCAGGCAUCACCGUGGACGCGCGCGCGCUGGUCGAAUCGGGGAGGGCUCGGGAAACCUUGGAGAAGGGCGGCGGGGACGGUAGGUACUCGCCAUGGCCGGGGCACAGGUGGUGGACUCCGGCGAGAAGCGCCUCAACGAGCUCGGCUACAAGCAGGAGCUCCGGAGGGAGAUGACGCUGUUCAAGACGCUGGCCAUCUCUUUCUCCACGAUGACGCUCUUCACGGGGAUCACGCCGCUGUACGGCAGCAGCCUCCAGUACGCCGGGCCGGCCAGCCUCGUGUGGGGCUGGGUCGUCGUCUCAUUCUUCACCUGGUUCGUCGGCAUCGCCAUGGCCGAGAUCUGCUCCUCCUUCCCCACAACUGGCUCCCUCUAUUUCUGGGCUGCUCAUCUCGCUGGCCCGGUCUGGGGUCCAUUGGCAUCCUGGUGCUGCGCUUGGCUGGAGGCCAUAGGCCUCAUUGCCGGAAUUGGUACACAGGCCUAUGCAGGAUCCCAGGUGCUGCAGAGCAUAAUCCUGCUCUGCACCGGCACCAACAAAGGCGGCGGCUACCUGGCCCCUCGCUGGCUGUUCCUCGUCAUGUACCUCGGGUUAACCUUCAUCUGGGCCGUGUUCAACACUUUCGCCUUGGAAGUCAUCGCAUUCCUCGACGUCAUCUCCAUGUGGUGGCAGGUGGUUGGCGGCACGGUCAUAGUGAUCAUGCUGCCGCUGGUGGCGAAGACCACGCAGCCGGCGUCGUACGUGUUCACGCAUUUCGAGACGACGCCGGAGGUGACGGGGAUCAGCAGCGGCGCCUACGCGGUGGUCCUGUCCCUCCUGGUGAGCCAGUACUCCCUGUACGGGUACGACGCGGCGGCGCACCUGACGGAGGAGACCAAGGGCGCCGACAAGAACGGCCCCAUCGCCAUCCUCUCCAGCAUCGGCAUCAUCACCGUCUUCGGCUGGGUCUACAUCCUCGCCCUCACCUUCAGCAUCCAGGACUUCGGCUACCUCUACGACCCGGCCAACGAGACCGCCGGCACCUUCGUCCCGGCGCAGAUACUCUACGACGCGUUCCACGGCCGGUACGGCAGCUCCACGGGCGCCAUCGUGCUGCUCUUCAUCAUCUGGGGCUCCUUCUUCUUCGGCGGCCUCUCCAUCACCACCAGCGCCGCCCGGGUGGUGUACGCGCUGUCGCGGGACCGCGGCGUCCCCUUCUCCAGCGUGUGGCGCAAGAUCCACCCCACGCGCAAGGUGCCCGGGAACGCCGUGUGGCUGUGCGCCGCCGUGUGCGCGCUGCUGGGCCUGCCCAUCCUGUGGAUCAACGUGGUGUUCACGGCCAUCACCUCCAUCGCCACCAUCGGCUGGGUGGGGGGCUACGCGGUGCCCAUCUUCGCCCGGAUGGUGAUGCGGGAGGAGGACUUCCGCCCGGGGCCGUUCUACCUCCGGGGAGCCAGCCGGCCCGUCUGCCUCGUGGCGUUCCUGUGGAUCUGCUACACCUGCUCCGUCUUCCUGCUCCCCACCGUGUACCCAAUCAAGAUGGAUACCUUCAACUACGCGCCCAUCGCGCUCGGCGUCGUCCUGGGGCUCAUCAUGCUCUGGUGGGUCGUCGACGCCAGGAAGUGGUUCACGGGACCCGUCAGGAACAUCGACGAGCAGAUCGACCACAACGCCGGCGGCGACGGCAAUGGCAAUGUCAAGGUCUGAGACUGAGAGCCAAGUAGUCAUGUGUUGUCAUUCUUUUUCGUUGUGCUCUGCUCGUGUGUGCGUGUUUUAUCGUCUGGUCAGUGAACUUAGUUUAGGUUGUGGAGACAUGGCAUGUGUCAUACCGAAGAAACUAGAGAUAGGUGGAAGCCUGACGAAAUCAAACAUUUUCAAGAACGAACAGAGCCAUGAAUCGUGAAGCUGUCUUUUGUUCUUUCGAUCGAAAA